AUGGAUCCCGUCUCCCUGGCUGGCCUGGCUCUUGGCGUUGCAUCCUUGGGGAUGCAACAGCGUCUGUUCGCAUGGAGCGAGACAUCUGGACUGCUGGAUGUGAACACGGGAAACCAAGACCGUAUCCUAAACUCAAACGUUUUCAAUCUCCAUCGCCAGACUGUGUUAGAUCUACUGGUGCAAGUCCAAUGCCUGUUUGACGAGUUUCUCGAAAUCCAGAACAAGCACAACAACCUUACUCCCGUUCGCGACAAUGGCGACUUCCUCAUCUCCCCCGAGCAGGACGCCAAGCAGGCCAGCUUUCCUAUAUCAGAAAAGAAGAGGCUGUUUAUUAAAAAGGCCAUGAUGAGUCUCAAAGAAAAGUCACAGGAGGGCUUGAAAAGGCUCAAGUGGGUAUCCUUUGACAAAGAAGGGUUCGAGCACUUGCUGUCCAAGUUUACUCUCUUGAAUGACAGCAUGAUGAACAUCCUGGACCACUCGUUGCAGAUUGAGAUUCGACACACGGUGCAGGAUACCAACCGGGGCGUAUUGCUUCUUCAUCACAAAAUUGCCGACCUUAGCCAUCUUGUGUUAGCUCUCAAGGCUCAGCUGGAGGCCAGAGAUGUUGGCGCAUCAACACGCACACGAAUGUCGAAUGUUGAGAGAGAAGCAAGCAUGGCCGAGCUGAGGCAACUUUCCAAGCUGGCCAAAUUCAAGGCGUUCAAUGAGACCAUUGACCCCAAGUCGGAUGCUCCCGCGGUGAUUGACGAAGCUGUGGCGGCCUUUCUGGGGCUUGCCAAGCCGGGAGACCCGCGUCUUGUCCAGAUGCCCAAGUAUCUCAUAGAAUUGGACCCCAACGUGGAUGACUUGGAUGACCCGCGGUGUGAGGCCAUCAUGAAGACUGCCCAAGGGAAGAAGAAGGUGUGGAUCGAGUGGAAAGACUACGAUACCGCGGGAACUCCUGGUUGCCUGUCCAAAGCGGACAUUGUCGACAGAGUGCGGAAGCUGGCUUGUUUGCUCAACCACAGUCCCAAGCCAGAAGCCUUUCGGACGCCUCAUUGCAUCGGCUUCUUUGACAAGGCAGAUCCAGAUGUUCCGGAGGAUGAUGUCGACAUUCUCGACCGGCGGCUGGGUUUGAUAUUCGAACGCCCAGAGACUGAUGAUCUCCAUGACAGCCUCCCACCGGUGUCUUUGAGGGAACUGCUCCUAGACAAGGCAAUCCGCAAACCCAGGGUUACAGACAGGAUCAAGCUGGCGCAUGCCCUCAGCAACUGUCUACUCUAUCUCCAUGCAGUCAACUGGUUGCACAAAGGUCUUCGCAGCCACAACAUUCUCUUCUUCAGAACAAAGUCGGGCCAUGUAGAUUAUUCUCAAGUCUACCUCUCAGGCUUCGACUUCUCCCGCCCCGGCGGCUCCGACGAAGUGACUGAAAUCCCCGGCUCCGACGCAGAGCACGACCUAUACCGACACCCGCUGGCGCAGUCAAACCAAGGCAAGGGCCGCCAGCGAUCGAAGAAGAGCUUCGAUAUAUAUAGCCUCGGCGUCAUCCUGGUCGAGCUGGCGCACUGGAAACCCGUGGAGGCGGUGCUCGGAAUCGAGAUGAGGCUGGCAAAGGGCCAGUCGGACGUGGUUCGACACGUGCGCAGCCAGCUGCUCGCUGCUGAGAGUGUAGCUGAUGUCGGCGCUGAGAUGGGAGAGAGGUUUGAGGAGGCGGCGAGGAGAUGCUUGACGGGGGAGCACGAGCUGGGUUUGGAGGUUGGUGAAGACGAGACGGCUGAUGAGGUGGCGGAGAGGUUGUCGGUGCGAUACUAUGAUGAUGUGGUGAAGAAGCUGGCGGAGAUUGUGGUAUAA